AAUUCCUAAAUCAUGUACAAGAAGACAACCACCUAAAAGAAACAAAAACCUCUUCCUAGCUAGCUUGCUACUCGGGAAAAGUAAAACUCAUCGUCUGGAUCAGAUGUCUCCGGCAGCAAUACACGUGCCACUCCUACCAGAGCACAAGCCCAAGAUAAGGCACGCAUCGCUUUCGGGGGCAGUGUUCAACGUAUCAACGAGCAUAAUCGGCGCUGGUAUCAUGUCCAUUCCAGCCACGCUUAAGGUCCUAGGUGUUAUUCCAGCAUUUUUGCUGAUCGGGGCUAUUGCUCUGCUGGCUGAUGUCUCGGUGGAGUUUCUAAUGAGGUUUACAGACUCAGGAAACGCGAGAACUUAUGCCGGUGUCAUGAGGGAGUCUUUUGGUCAGGCAGGAUCGACGGCCACCCAAAUAUGUGUCAUGAUUACUAAUCUUGGGUGUUUGAUCAUGUACCUGAUUAUUAUCGGGGACGUACUCUGUGGCAGUCAGCCUGAACGAGCAACGCAUCUUGGCAUUUUGCAACAAUGCUUUGGCAUUCAUUGGUGGAACUCCCGUGAAUUUGCUCUGCUUGUUACCGUUGGCUUCAUCUUGCUUCCGUUGGUCCUCUUAAGGCGAAUAGAAUCAUUGAAGUUCAGUUCAGCAAUUUCGAUGCUACUUGCAGUGGUGUUUGUUGGCGUAAGUUCUGUGAUGGCAAUCAUUGCGCUCCCGGAAGGGAAAACAAAGAGCCCGAGACUGCUACCUCACUUGGACAACCAAGUCUCCUUCUUUGACCUUUUCACCGCUGUCCCAGUUAUUGUGACAGCCUUCACAUUCCAUUUCAACGUUCACCCAAUUGGCUUUGAGCUGGGCAAGCCUUCUGAUAUGAUCAGGGCAGUUCGAAUAUCACUCGUACUUUGCGCGGCCAUCUACCUUGCCAUUGGCCUUUUUGGGUACUUAUUGUUCGGGGACUCAAUUAUGCCAGACAUACUAGUCAAUUUUGAUCAAAGUUCAGGUUCAGCAAUUGGUUCAUUACUAAAUGACAUCGUUCGGUUGAGCUAUGCACUGCACGUCAUGUUCGUGUUUCCUCUUUUGAACUUCUCAUUGAGGGCAAAUAUAGAUGAGUUCCUUUUCCCUAAGAAGCCGCUUCUGGCAAAGGACAACAAAAGAUUUGUAUCUCUCACCCUCGUUCUGCUAGCCAUCUCUUACCUGGCAGCAAUUGCCAUCCCCAAUAUAUGGUACUUUUUCCAGUUCCUUGGAUCAACCUCUGCAGUCUCCCUAGCCUUCAUCUUCCCUGGUGCUGUUGUUCUCAGGGAUGUUCAUGGUAUAUCAACAACAAGGGAUAGGAUUAUGGCAGCGAUAAUGGUAAUCCUGGCGGUAGUAACGAGCACGAUUGCCAUUUCCACCAAUAUCUACAAUUUGUUUGGAAACAAGUCAUAGUUCUCCCAAAAAUUAAGCUUUUAGUUUAAGUCAUGUAUUCUUCAGAUGUUGCCGUCUGCCCUUUCUAAUGGAAAUGUAGGCGAUCGAGCACAUUUAAAGAAGAUUGAAAUCCAUUCAUUACCCA